AUGGGGAUUUUUUCUUCAUCGCCAAAAUAUAAAAAGUUAGAUGUUCCUCGAUCAAAAUAUGUUUUUGAUUUAGACGAGGAAAUAAUAAUUCUUCUUUAUCGUUAUAUUGGUACUCAAUAUCAUGGUUUGCAGCAAAAUAUAGAUACACAUACAGUUGAGAAAGAAUUAUUCCAAGCCCUCAUAAGUGCAGGAUUUUUGUCUGACCAAGCUAAUUGUAACCUUAACAGAAUUAAGUGGAGCGAAGCAUCCAGAACCGAUGCAGGUGUUCAUGCAUGUGCGCAAGUAUUAUCUUUUAAAGCAUCAGGUCUCAAAGGCAUUUGUAUUGCUGAUAUUCCUGAUUUAAUCAACAAACAACUUCCAAGAACCAGUGACAUCGAAAUUAUUACGUGUAUUACCCUUCGAAGACAAUUUUACGCUCAAAAAUUUGCUGAAUCAAGAAAUUAUAACUUUUUAUUACCUACAAAUGCUUUUUCAUCCAAUUCAAUAGAACAUUUAAAUUAUUUAAGAACUUCUAUCCUCCCACUAUUCAUUGGUUGGCUAAAUUAUCACAAUUUUACAUCGAACAAAUCAGCUUCUAACCCUUCAUCUAUGAGAAAAAUUGAUGUUUUUACUUUUACCGAUCCAUUUGAAGUAGAAGGAGUUGAAUUUGUAUUAUUUACAAUCCAUGGUGAGAGUUUUAUGCUUAAUCAAAUCCGAAAAAUGAUUGCAACAGUAAUUUCUGCAUCGCAUAAUUAUAUUGGAGCUGAAGAAGUAAAAAGGUGCCUUUCUGAAGAAGGUUGGAGUAUUAAAAUGUGUCCUGGUGAUGGUUUAAUGCUUGAUCAUGUAGAUUACAUAAAAUGCAACAAACCAUCAAAGAAAAACCCUAUAACUUUCGAGAAUGAUCUGCAAUUUACUGAAUUCCAACCUGAAAUUCAAAGAUGGAAGAAAGAAGUUCUGUUUCCCCAUAUUGCAGAAAUAAUUAAAAAGAAAGAUUUAUAUCAUAAAUGGGUUAUUGAGUAUUUGCCAAAGUAUCCAUGGAAACCAAUUGCAGAACAAUAA